GAAGCGUCCUCCCCCAGAAAUUAUCGCCGCGUGCUCGAACAACGCGCGAUACCAUCACCAACAGUAGCGGCGCCCGUGCGAAACCGAAACUAAAAUUGCGCGCACCGCGCUCUCCUUCUAUCGUUGCCCGCGUUGGGCACGCUCGCUAACGGAUCCCUCCUCUCCCAAAUCAGCAAGUGCGGGGCGGCCACGCUCCCUGGCCAUUAUGCGGCGGCUGCCGAAAAACUCUUCCCACGGUGGCGGUGCCUGGGCCACCGCCGCGUGGGAAAGCGGCUCCUCCUGCCUGCGACGCGUGUCCCCUCGCCGUCGGUCGGCCGCACGCGCGCCGUAGUGCCACGACGACGACAUGAUGGACUCGGGCGUCCCGGGAGUAAGCGGGGGUGGCGAGGAGGACGCGACCGGCGCCCCGACACGUGCCCGCAACCGGGCCCAGCAUUCGGGAGUCGCGCACGCGACCGAGCGGACGUGCAGCGCGCGCGCCUAGCCUCUGCCGUACCGUUGGACGCCCGCCCGAACGCUGUUGGUGCGCGUGCGACGCCGGCAACGAAAUGUUUUCGUUCGGCCAUUCCGGGACGAGCUCCGGUUCCGGCAGUUGCCAGCUGCUGACCAGGAAGAAAAGACGAGGCAUCAUCGAGAAGAGGCGCCGUGAUCGGAUUAACACCUCCCUGACCGAACUACGUCGACUCGUACCGACGGCAUUCGAGAAGCAGGGAUCUGCCAAGCUCGAGAAAGCCGAAAUCCUGCAGAUGACGGUGGACCAUCUUAAGAUGCUGCACUCCAAAGGUGUGGAUGCAUUCACGUUUGACCCGCACAAGUUCGCUAUGGAUUACCACUCCAUGGGCUUCCGUGAAUGCGCCAGCGAGGUUGCACGCUACCUAGUGGCCAUUGAGGGCAUCGACCUACAAGACCCGCUUCGGCUGCGCCUCAUGAGUCACCUACAGUGCUACUCGACUCAGCGAGAGCUGGCCGCCAAGUCGUCCUGCUGGAGUCCAGCGAGUCCAGCGGCUCCUCACUACCCGACCUCCGGCUCUCCCCAGCCGUCUCCGGCCACUGCUGUGGUGGAGCAGUACGCCUCGGGAAACGAGCCCCCGCGGCUCGAGACCAAGGGCUUCCGGCAGCACCUGCCAGCGGCCACCAGGACGACGCACGUGCCACUCACGCACCCGUCGGCGAGCGCCAUGUUGCCGACAGCGGCGACACAACACGUCCAGGGGGGAAACCAGUACUUCCACGGUGUCGCUGCCGCCCACUUCUCUCCCAUGACUCCCCCGACGUCGUCGACGACGUAUGGCUCGGACCUGUCUCCGCUCUCCUCCGGUUCCGGCGGCGUCAAACCUUACAGACCGUGGGGCAGCGAGAUCGCCUACUGAAUGCUCGAAAUUCCGUGUCUGCCUUCACGACUGCUUUCUAGAAAAGCCUCGCGUUUGCACGAAGUCCCUCCACAUGUACACCGCACCUUGGCUUAAAGCUAAGACGCCCUUGUCAAGAAAAGCAAGUUCGACGGGUCCCUUAGGCCUUCACCGUCCUAUUUCUGGCGUUAGCCGUCGGACGUUGCCGUGAACCAAAAAGAGCCUCCCUCGGUCGCCAUCGACGGCAUGUCUGUUUUAGCGGAGUCGUCAGAACAACUUUGCUCACACCCAUGUUUAGGCGGACCUCAAGUAUGGCACAGCAGCAGUUUGAGCGGCGAACGAAAGGCUCGGAACUGACGUCGACAGUACGCAGACACCGAAAACCAGCGUCGCGGCGGUCCCGGCAACCUGAAGCGAACUCUGUGGUGAGGUCCUCUGACAAUACUUCGUGCGGCGGGAUGUGCGGACUCAGGACUUGGUUAUGUGGUCUCGUGUGUGGUGUGCUAGUCCACGAAAUGUCAUAUAUGUGAACUCCGCGAGAAGGAUGCUUGUCAGGCAGGUGCGCCGCUUUCAAAGAAAAAAAAAAUGUUUUUCGGUGGUGCCAGACAAGGGAAGCCAAAACGAAAAGAUGUCGCGAGAGUACUUAACUAUUUGUGGCACAAGGAAACCUGGUUGAAAAGUCACGCACCGUCACGCAGCAGUGGGUGGGAAAAGCUUAGUAGUGACUUCUUUUGACGCAAACACACCCUUAUGUUUGACGCAAACACCCACCCGAAAGCUCUUACUACUAAGUUUCACCCUGCCACUACUAAGAAUUGUGGAAGCUGUAUGUACGAAUUUUUAUCCUAAUACCUGUGAUAUAUUUAUUUUCAAGAAGACACGAGCUCGUGCCGAAAGAAAUCUGUCUUAAGGGAGCAUCCAGGGUAUAAAUUGUCUGCAACUUGCUAGUCAAAUGUGUACAAGCUGCAGCUAAGCGAAACGCCAAUAUUUAUCUCCAGCGUAACAUAUCCAAAGUUUACGAAAACACAGUAGCAAUGUAAUAAAGGUUUGAUACUUCAGCAAUCGCGCUCGAACCCUGCAGUGCGGCGCUAAAAUUGUUCAUCUGAGCGCG